CAGACAGUGGAAAAGUACAAUGUACAAAGGCACAUGAAAGUGCGGAGAACGAUUUGUCUCUUGCGAAUUUGCUUUUAAUUGCUACGAAACUGAAAAAAAAAAUAGGCAUCGACGGGCGAGCGUAGGUAAACCGUAACAUACAGAUGGUUUGUAUGCCACGUUUCAAGAUUAGGUGACCAACAUAGGUCUCAAAAUCUCAGGAUUUGAAUACAGACCUCUCCCCCUUAUAAAUAUCUUUCAUCCCCCUGUCAAAAUAAACUGUUAAAUAUGCCUCGGUCAAGAAGUCACAGCUCUUCACCAAAGCGAAAACACAAGCACAGCCACAAGUCCCGGUCCCGUUCUAGGGAGCGAGAGUCAUCAUCAUCCCACAGAUCCUCACGGAAGCAUUCUCGCUCCAAGUCAAAGGAACGACGAGAGCGUGAUCGCGACAGGGAUAGAGAAAGGGAGCGCAGGCAUCGGAGGUCCCAUUCCAAGUCCGAGAGAAGCAGCCCUGUGGUGGACAUGUUUGGCCGGGACCUGAGCAAACGGAAUGAGCUGGAAGAGAAACAAAAAAAGGAGGAAGAGGAACGGCGGGCAGAGAUUGAGAGACAACGCAAGAUCCGGCAACAGGAGAUGGAAGCCCGCCUGAUUGAAGAGGAAGUUGCCAAGCGAGUAGAGGAGAUGGUAGCCAAGCGAGUAGAGCAGGAGUUAGAGAAGCGUAAGGAUGACAUAGAGGCCGAGGUGCUACGUCGUGUGGAAGAGGCUAAACGCAUCCUGGAGGCCGCCAUGCUUGAAGAGAUGGAGAUGAAAAAACAGCAAGAACUGGAGGCCCAAAAAGCCAAAGAGGAAGAAGAGAGAAGGAAACGGGAGGAGUUGGAACGCAUCAUGGAGGAGAAUCGUCGCAAGAUGGAGGAAGCUCAAAGGAAGCUGGCUGAGGAGAGGCUGGAGAUGGUGGAACGCCAGCGAAAAAUGGAUGAGGAGCGAUUGGCCUUUGUGCAGGAGCAACAGAAGCUCCAGAAGGCCGAUCAGGACCUGAUCCUGAACAAAAAGAGCGCUCGUCCUAAGCUCUCUUUCGGCCUCAACAUGAAAAAGCCAUAGUCUGCUCCCCUCCCCCUUCCUCCCUUGGCCGUUCAGCCAGUCCCCCCUUCUCUCAGCUUGGUGUUUGUCCUCAAAACUACAGUUGCUUCAGUUCCUCCACAUCAGACAUCUCUCCUGCUGGUGGACUUCUUGCUGCGAGGCAACGAGUUGCUAUGCAUCAAGGGAUUACACCUGCUUUGUUAUGUAGGUAUUUACAAUACGACUAGUCGUUUUGUCCUGGAAUGGAAACUGCUAACCUCAAACCUUUCUUUGCACUAAAGUUGUUAGCUUAUUUAAUAAGGGAAUAAAUGUGUGUUUGGGAGGUAUUAAACACUAUGUUUAAGACCGGUUCGAGUCAUCCCGACUCCAACCGGUCAGUGUUUAAUACUGACCAUGCACAUAUUCAUUCCCAUUCAUACAUACCUUUUCAUUUAAAAAAAUCAAAACUUUUCAAUCCACAAGAGUAAAAAAAUUUUUUUAAAUUAUAUAUUUCAAAAGAUUUUGUUCAACAAAAACCCCUCUAGCUAUACAAUGGUAAGGCCCUCUGGUAAACAACUCCUUAUGGAGAUUGACGCGCGUGUUGUGUGUACUGCGACAUGUCGCGCAGAACGCAGAUGUACUGCUGAAGUGUGAAUUUAGGACUAUGAAAUACUGACUCACUGGUAGUAUUGCGCAUGCCUACGUGAGGAUUGUGAAGGUUCAACCAAUAAAACGGUGCUGGCACCAGAUUUCAGAGGAGUCCAAAUUUCAUGCGACACUGGAAAAGUGUUUCAAGACCAGCCAGCCAGCAAUGUCUUUAGCAACCAUUUAAAACUGGCCAUGUGAUGGGCUCUCGACCAAUAGGAAUGGGUAAACUGUCGAAGGUAUUUAUGAAUUAUUUUGAAGACAUCACAAAAUGAUAUGAUUUAAAGGUACAUGUAGUUUCUGAUUGUGAUCCAAUCUCAUUUGUGAGUAGAUCUUGGACUGUUUCCAAAUGUAUCAUUAUUAUGUUGUACUUUGACAAGACUCAAAAUGUGACUCCAUUUUUAAAAAAAAUUGUGUUGGUUGUGCCCUUUAACCUGUCUCCAUGUAUUUAUUAGCCUAUCUUCAAAGAAAACUUCAGUGAGUGAAAAUUGUAGAACUUAUACAUGUAAGUAGUUUUUCAUGUGACUGUUUUUAAUUUGAAAACUGUUUCUCAUAUGCGCAGUGUACAUUUCAAAGCGUUUGCUUCCUAGGAAGAACAAUCUACCCAUUGAUUCAUGUCUGUUGUGGAUUACAUAAAUGAUUAACUUUUAAAAAUCAAGAAUGCAUGAAAUGAUGAAUUCUACAAGUGUACAUGAACUUAUAAGUGGAAAAAAUGAUGAAAUUGUGACUACAUUUCAAUAAUCAUGAUUCAUCUCAAAGUAUGAAGGAAUUGUUCAUCUGUUGCAUCACAACCACCACAACACCCCCCCCCCCCAAAAAAGAGAAAAGUUUAAAAAAUGGUGUAUGACUAUUUCUGCACCUAUUUAUGUUAUGGGUAGUAUUGAACCUCCGUACCCUAUACAAGUAAAUUACCUUAUGAAUUGCAGUUAAUGUCUACUUUUUACUGUACUAUCUUUUGUAAAACUUUCAAAGACCAUCAACCCCCAUGUAAAGACAUGCUCAUUUUCCUGCAAUCAGUUGAUCUGCUCUUUUUUCCAUUAAAAAUUGAAAACCAGUACAGAGAUUCUCGUAAAUUUUUUGUGACUUCCCGGUUGUAGGUAUAAUGAAGUAAUCUCAUUGUGGAUUUCCAAGGAUCUGAUUUGGUCAGUAAAGUCAUAUCAUUUUGGCUAAGCUUGAGCAUGUCAUUAUUUACUUUGUCCGGAAGAACCUCUGCAUUGUUCUGGGAAAAUUUUCAUAAGAAACGUUUCGACUCGCCAAAACUGAUAACUUCAUUGCAGGAAGAUUGAAGGGAAGUUGGUCAGAAUCUGCAACGUAUACAAUGUCCAGAAUGUAUCCAGAUCUCCUCCUGGAUAUAAAUUGAGAUGGGCCCUAACCUAGCAAAUAAUUACCAUAAAGCUUAAAUGGAUCAAAGAUUGUACUGACACCUAACACCCUGUGAAAUUAUUCUGUCUGACUCACUAUCAUUUAGAAGAACUCAAGAAAUGUAGUCAGUUGACUGAUCAGUCAACUGACUACAUGAUCAGUGGGAAAUAAAGAGUUCUGUUGCCAAAAAUUGUGUUUCAUGAUCUAAAGGUUGUGCAUGGCUUUUCACUGUUUUCUCCAAAAGAGUAAAAUCAAUGGAGUUGAAACUUCAACACACUAGGUUUUUAUCAUUCUUCUGUGGAUUUUGAGUGGUGUUAUUAAUGGAAAAGAAACAACUGCAUGAAAAGCAAAUGGUCCUAUUCCUAUAUGCCGUUCAGGUAAACCAAGUUAAUUGACAUUAUUGUAUCAGAACCUAGGUUGUUGAAAUGCCAAAUGUUCAAUUCCAAGGUGCACAAUUGAUGGUUUUUAGCCCAAAUUUGGGAAAAUAUGAUGAAAUUAACGUUUUUAAAGAAAGUACAAAUUAAGUCACUUGUGUAAACCUGAAUUAAACACAGACUUCUGGCAUCAAUUGGACCUAACAUUGUCCAAAGCAAUGGUAUUUUGGAGGGCUGACAUUUCCUCAAUGAAUGUUUCUGUGGGCUCUUUUGACCAAAAUAUGUAAUUGUAUUGACUCAUUAGCCCUGCCGACUACUUUUUAUACCGCCCCCGCACUCUAUAGAUUCAUCACGGAGUAAAUACAGUGUAGUACAAUGUAAUGUAAGUGCUAAAGGAUUGAUUUACUUGGAAGUUUUUUUUUUUCAUAUUUGAACAAAAUUGCUUAUGACAGAGCCAUAGAGAUAUCUAAAAACCAUCCCUUUUCAUAGAAUUUAACUGUUAUGUGUGUGUGUUGAAAGGAACAUGACCCUAAAUCCUUAGGGUGUGACUGUGAAAAUCAACAUAAAACUACUUGGAAACGAAAUAUUCUUUUUCAUUAUGGUUACAGGUUGUCUGUGAAAUUCACAUUGGUUAAUUGAUUUCAUUGGAAUGUUUUUCAGCCAGAAUGUAUGGGCGGGGCAAAAGGUGGUGUGCAUAUUUGUUCACAUUUGUAUUUUCCUACUUUGAGCACACUUGUAUCUGUGUGUAAUUUCCCCAGAUCCAAAUAUUUUAAUUCGAUAGCAAUACUUUUAUGCUUUAUCGGUGUACAUAAUAGCAGGUUUUUAAUGGUAGCUCACCAUCUCUGAGGGAGAACUUAGAAGUUUUCUGUUUAGCUUUACAAUUGACUGUCCCACAAUGUGUUCUGUCAAAUACAACAGCUUGUCAGCAGGAAAUAAACAUUGGAAGUUUGUUGAUCAGUGA